AUGCAAAGCCCGCACGGCGAUAGCAGCCAGCACCGCAACAAGCUCACAAAGAGAGUCCCCACCGAGCCCUACACUCGACACCGCUCGCCCUCCCUCCCCGUCUCGACUCGCUCGAGGUCCAAUUCGGCAAAGCAGUCAGCUCACCACCGUAGUCCGACACUACCCUCCAACUCGCAGACUUCGCUCGACGGCGCCGCCUGGGCCAACAACUCUGCCGCGGUUUCACGAAACUACCAGAAUAUCGCCAGCGCGGCGACAGCGCGUAUCCCACAAGAGUCACAAGUGGCCGCUACUGGGAAGAUACCAACCGAUUUACUGGGACAGCGCUUCGACUCUGCGGCUAUCAUCUCGAAUCUAGACGCUAUCACCUAUUCCUACGAGUCACAGCAGCCUCCUCCAACUCGAGCACCACCACCGCAAUUGCUAACGCAGCACUCCGAUAUUACUGCUACACGGCCGACGCAGCCCCAGCACGCAAGGAGCGGCAGUAGUACUGUUACGCUAGCCAACCCCGAGGUCGGUCUCUCGCAGAGCCUGGCGGCGGCUGGCAGGAGGAUGGACGACAUAACGUCGCCGCGGGGCGAGCUGGGCGCAAGGAGUCCACGGCAGCGACUGAGCGAUGAAGCUAAAGAGUCGAAGCUUUCGAAAAAGAAGAGUGGUUUCUCGAGCUUCAUGAACAAUCUUGUUGGAACACCGAAGAGACCUGCGAUAUCUGCGCCGGAAAAUCCCGUGCACGUGACGCACGUGGGCUAUGAUCAGGAAACUGGAGAAUUUACGGGGCUCCCACCGGAGUGGCAGCAGACGCUCGCAGCCAAUGGUAUCACAGAGCAAGAGCAGAAGCAGAAUCCUCGCGCCAUCAUCGACGUGGUCACCUUCUUCAACGAGAAUAACGAGACGGACAGCAAUGACUGGACAUAUCACAAAUUCGACAAUGCUCACCCCAACGAAAGCCCAGUACAGCUUACGCCGCAAGCCGGCAUGUCGCCGAACGUACUUACGCCGUCCGGGUACGGACAGCAGAUGAUGAGUCCUCCGGCAAGUCCUCGAUUCCCGAAAAAUGAAGGCGAAAGCUUCGAAAAUCCACGAGCUCCGCCUCCAGUACCCGGCGGACAGUAUGGUCAAUAUUCUCAGCCCGUCCAAGCGCAGGGACUGGGCCUCAAGUCUCCGAUGUCCCCACAAGCCAACGGAAACCUCCUCCCAUUGAGACCAGCGCCAAAGCCUCCGACAGGCAGUGCGGUACCUCCUCCACAACGAGCUGCACCACCUCCUCCAAAUGCGCAACAGGAUCACUAUGGCAGCCCCCAAGCUGCAUACGGGCAGUCGGUUGCGAAUGACAUGCCCAGUGGCCAACAACCACAGACUCGUAGCCGUUCGAACACUGCCCAGGCUGGCGGCUAUUCUCAACAGUCCUCAAACUCUCCCCAACACUAUCAACACCAGCAAGAGCAGGCGAUGAGGGCUGCUCAGCAAGCCCUGAAGAAGACCUCGCUGGACAGAUCGCAGUCGCAAAGACACCACACUGGGCAGCAGCAGCCCUCUCAGCUCCAGCCUUCAGCGGCUGACGGGAAGGGCUUGCCUGCGCCUAGGCCAAGACAACGAACCAGGCAGUCCAUCUCAAAUGCUGAAGUCGUCUCCAGACUGCAGAGCAUUGUCAGCCACGGUGACCCCACCAAGAAAUACCGGCAGCUUAUUAAGAUUGGCCAAGGCGCAUCUGGUGGAGUCUACACGGCGUUUGAGGUCGGCACGAACAAGUGUGUCGCCAUCAAGCAGAUGAACCUCGAGCAGCAGCCGAAGAAGGACCUCAUCAUCAACGAGAUCCUAGUCAUGAAGGAUAGCACGAACAAGAACGUCGUCAACUUCAUGGACAGCUUUUUAGUGAAGGGCGACCUGUGGGUUGUGAUGGAGUACAUGGAAGGUGGCAGCUUGACGGAUGUUGUGACGUUCAACAUGAUGUCCGAAGGCCAAAUUGCGGCUGUGUGCCGUGAAACGCUCAACGGACUGCAAUUCUUACACUCCCGCGGCGUCAUUCAUCGCGACAUCAAAUCAGACAACAUCCUUCUCAGCAUGGAGGGAGCAAUCAAACUCACCGAUUUUGGCUUCUGCGCGCAGAUCAACGAGGGCGCAAUGAAGCGCACUACCAUGGUGGGGACGCCCUACUGGAUGGCACCGGAAGUCGUGACACGUAAGGAGUACGGACGGAAGGUGGACAUCUGGAGUUUGGGCAUCAUGGCCAUCGAGAUGAUUGAAGGCGAGCCACCAUAUCUGACGGAGUCUCCGCUACGGGCCCUUUACUUGAUCGCCACGAACGGCACACCGAAGAUCAAGGACGAGCACACUUUGACGCCGAUGUUCAGGGAGUGGUUGGGCCUGGCAUUGAAGGUGGACCCGGAGAAGAGAGCAAGUGCUUAUGAUUUGUUGAGUCAUCCAUUCAUGGACAGAGCCGAUCCGCUCUCCCACCUGACGCCGCUCGUCAAGGCCGCGCGAGAGGCCAGAGCGGCCGAAAAGGCGCGAAAGGGCAAUUAA